UCUGCAGAAAUACAAACUAAAAACUAAAAGACGAGCAAAUCGGACAGAAACCAGUCCCAGCAGUUAAACUAGAAUUCCUCAGAGUUUAAACAAAAGUCCAGCAGUAUAAUCUUAAACUGCUGUUUGCCAAUAGGGAAGAACAUACAGGGAGAGAAAAAGAAAGAAGAGUUGCACGUGUAACAGUGUGGGAAAGAUUAAGACAUGCUGGCCAAGGUUAUCUCAGCUGUGUGUGUGACACUCUGGAUCACGUCUUGUGUCAUCACCUCAGCUGAGGACCCGCUCAUGACCAGAGCUGUGAAGCUGAUGUCUGAGACUCCACUCAUCGAUGGCCAUAACGACCUGCCUUGGCAACUUCGAAAGCAAUUCAACAACCAGCUCAACAAAGUGGAUCUUAACACACUCAGUACAACACACACCAACAUCCCUAAGAUAAAGGAAGGGCGGCUCGGAGCACAGUUUUGGUCAGCCUAUGUUCCCUGUGACACUCAGUAUAAAGAUGCUGUCAGACAAACACUGGAGCAGAUUGACGUCAUCCACAGGAUGUGUCAAAGUUAUCCAGAGACGUUCAUGUUUGCCACCAGUACCCAAGACAUCAGAGAUGCCUUCAAACUUAACAAGACAGCCAGUCUGAUCGGGGUGGAGGGGGGUCAUUCCAUUGACAGCAGCCUGGGCACCCUUCGCACCAUGUACCAUCUGGGGGUCCGCUACCUUACACUUACACAUUCCUGCAACACACCCUGGGCAGAUAACUGGCUUGUCGACACUGGAUCAGAGCCAUCUGAACACAACGGUCUGUCCCCAUUUGGCAAGCAACUUAUUGUGGAAAUGAACCGUCUGGGGAUGCUGAUCGACCUGGCUCAUGUAACUGUAGCAGUGAUGAACCAGGUUCUGGACAUUUCUAAAGCUCCAAUCAUCUUCAGCCACUCCUCCGCCUACAGUGUCUGUCCAAACAAGAGGAAUGUUCCCGAUGAUGUUCUCAGGAGAGUGAAUGCAACUGGAGGCAUUGUUAUGAUCAACUUCUACAAUGACUACGUGACCUGCAGCAAGACUGCUAAACUCUCAGAUGUCGCUGACCACUUUGACCAUAUAAAGAAAGUGGCCGGGGCAGGAAUCAUCGGUUUUGGUGGAGACUAUGAUGGGGUUACAAGAUUACCAGAAGGUCUGGAGGAUGUGUCCAAGGUGCCCAAACUGGUUGCUGAACUGUUGAGGAGAGGGUGGACUGAUGAGGAGGUCAAAGAUGCUCUAGGAGACAACUUGCUCCGUGUACUGCAAGAGACUGAGAAGGUACGUGACAGUCUGAAUAACACGAAGCCAGAUGAUGUUCCUAUUCCAUAUGACGAGGUGAAGAACUCCUGUAGGACGAGCUACGGUUACCCCAACGCUGAAAAUCCCAGUGAUGCUGGUGCCGUCCAUUCACUGAGCACACUGGUCCUUCUGCUCACACUGGCUCUCCACACUCUUAUAACAUCAACAGCUUUCUAGGCUGCUUAUCAACUCCUGAUUUUAUGCUUUCCACAAGUACAAAUGAAAUCUGAAAAAAAAAAGAAAUUCACUCCACUUUAAUGUUGGAGCUUCUAUUGUCUCUGGGCUGACAACACACAUUAGCUGCAGUUUGUAAACAGCAACUCGCAGGUCUAAAUUUUAACUAGGGUUAUAGAUUACCAAUCAUGGAAAUUAUGAUGUGAAAUGUUAAUGUAUGAUUUUUCUUUGUUUUACAAGAAAAAGGCAGAAAUUUAGGAGAAAAUAAGCUAUUUUAAACAAUGGUGUUUAACCUCACUGUAAAUGCUCGUAUAUACAACAGUGAUUAAAAUAAAGAAAACAGCAUAAUAAUUAUCAUAUCAGACUGAGCUGAAUUUAUUGAAACCCGAGUCAAAGUUUCAACUCAUCUGGCUGUUUAAGUCCACCAUGAGACUGUCAGAAAGAGGCUGCUGCAGGCAUAUAUUGUGAGAUAUUGUGAUAACUGCAGUGUAGUCAAGUAUAAUUUGAAAAUAAGUACACAAAAACAAAUUUUCCUCUAUAGCAAAAUAUUCCUCUAUAUCAUACUCUCAUUUGUGUCACAGGAUGUCCAUGCAGUUUACUGUGAUAUCUUUAAGA